AUCAGUGGAACAGAAAUAGCGAGCACGUUUGUUUUUGCUGCAUCCAAAGUGCCGCUUUUGCAUCAUUCUAGUUCUAGUUCUAGUUCUAGUUCUAGCAAAACAGACGAGUUCUUGUGCUGUGGAGUUUGAGGCCAGACAAUCGAUGGAGAACAUGUUAGGGCUUCUGAAAGUCCGUGUGGUAAAGGCGACAAACUUGGCCAUUCGAGACUUGAAGAGCAGUGAUCCCUAUGUUGUGCUCACCCUCGGAAAUCAAAUGGUUAAGACAAGAGUAGUCAGGAAAAAUCUCAAUCCAGUUUGGGAUGAAGAGUUGACACUUGCCAUUCCAAAAUCCACCCCACCACUUAAAUUGCAAGUACUAGAUAAGGACACAUUGAGCAAAGAUGACAAGAUGGGAGAUGCUGAAAUUGAUCUGCAACCUCUGGUCACGUCUGUAAAUAUGAGAAACAAUCCACAGAGUGUUAACUCUGAUACUGAAUUGCGCAGAUUGGUGGCAUCCAAGGACAACUGUCUUGGGAAAGAUAGUUGCAUUCGGCAUGUUAGUGGACAGACAAUUCAGGAUUUAUGUUUGAGGCUUCAGAAUGUGGAGAGUGGGGAACUAGAAGUGGAGAUCAGAUGGAUUGAUCUUCCUCAAGCUACAUAAAGACAAGAAAGCAAGUUAUAUCAACUGCAGCGUAUAAGUAAAUAGAUCAAGCUGUCAUAUAUUUAUUGUACAGGCCAAACACCAUCUUUGUACUCUAAUCACUUUAGUUAGCUCAGGGUGUUGAUGCUGUUGUAGGGAUAUAAGAUGCGUAAAUACACAGAACAAAUCCUUUUGCAGUUGCACGCCACAACUGAAUUGCAAAUGGUUGUCUAAGGGAUACGUAAACAACCUUUAGGAAUUUAACAAGCUGAAGAUUGUUUACUUUAAUUCUAUUUGCAAAGAUAAUUAUGCCUAAGUUUAAUUUCUAAUAGUUUAUUUUAUAUGAGAGAAAAUUGUCCUAGAUA